AUGGAGGUGAGUUGUCAGUCCUUUUCUCGGCAGUCUGUCUAGCCUGUCUUUAAACUAGACUCUCAUACCUGCAUGCAAACCAAUACGUAUAAGAUUGUAUACAGAAUUACUACUGCAAAUGAUCCUUUACAUAUAUGAUGGAAAGCGGUGCGUCAGGAAGAAAGAAUUAUGACGUUUCUAUUUUAAGCUCAUGCAUGCGGCAUCGAGAUGACUUCAGCAUUUGUGGUACUGUAAUACUGUACACACGUUUAACAGCCGCCGCAAAUUUGACCAUAAACUCUUGGACAAUCCCUUCUGUAUUUGCACGUGUAAUCAUGAAAGUAUACCCUUUUUUCGUAUAUAAUUAAGAAGUCGACAGUCAAUACUGAAUCCCAUUAGUCGUGCAAUAAUUAGUCCCCUUGUCCGGCCGAGUAAGUUUACGAGCCGAUGGCUUGAGGUUUGUAUCUUUCUGUAACGUCUCCCACAAUUUUUCGUUUGUAGCCGUACACAAGUAGAACUAGGAUUAGUAGGGGAUGUUUGCGUACUUUGUAGAAUCUGUGAGACAAAUUUCCCUACAUCGGCUCUGUAACCAUUGCCCACUUGCGGGGUUGUGCAUUUGUAGUAACAAGCUCCUGGAAAUACUCCACGUGGUAUUUCUGGCAUCUGAUGCAAUUUUCCAAGUGUGGAUGGCGGCAGUGUAGCGACCAAAGUCGUUGGCGGUAGCACUUAUUGGGUAACGCGAAGCACUAAGAAUAAGCCCCAGCUUAAGACGGACUGAAGAAAGUUGUUCGGCGCGUCACUGCGCUCAUCCAGACGACAAAGUUGAAUAAAUUGGCGAACACAAAUAUGUAUGAUAGGAACGGACAAGAAUCUUGUGGAUACAAUAGUAGUCUGUUACAAGAAGCGAGGAGUUACAGCAGAGGUGACACUGACAUGCCUGCUAAACAGCCGGCGGGAAACUGCAGGGAAGAGCCGUGGGAGGUGGCGACGUGGAGGGGGGAGAGAGCUGCGGGAUGAAGGUCGGAGGUAGAGGGAAGGGCACCAGCGAUUUGCACUGACACGCAGCUGUGCUCCAUCCCAGAUCUGCGCGAAAUGUCACCUCAUUCGAAUAACUAUAUGGUUCGUGGUGCAUUGCAAUAGUACACAUGUCCAGUAAGCAGUUAUUUAGUGAGUCUGCCUACUGGUAAACUGUGCUACUGCCAAGUUUCCGGUGAAAUCUAGAUUGUUGUGUUGAGAUUUUCAUUGGAUAACAACAUACGGGCUCAUCCGAUUUCUCAAGGGAUCGUCCAUGCUGAUACCCCUCCUCACCGCUUCUCGUCUUUCUUUAUUUAGUUCAGGACUGAUCGGCACACAACUUCUCAUGGCAGAGUCUAACUUUGUGUCGCCAUAUUUUCCUGUAAUAUUCAUUUUCUAGAUGGCCAGCGGGCAUCUUGAGGGCUACCGCGGUUCUGGCGUCCCCUAGACCUCCCUUCCCACCUUAUAAACGAGACGAAAAUAAUAGUCUUUUACUGCCUCGGCUAAGUAUGGGGGUUAUCCUAGCAUUAGCUUCCUUACAGUGGACAUCACGAUCAUCUGGUACGCCCUCCCACGACUUAGAAUCAUCGUGUAUGGAUGGGAGACUUUCAUGUUCUCCCACGUUGUCCUGUCUUAAUGUCCCUGCGGUAAUUGAUCGCCUCUUUCUGCAUGGAGACAAGGCAGCCCUUUAGACAGUGACAGCGUGCCCUAACCUACCUGCGCACUUUCAAAAAGCCCAUGUUAAUGCAAUUUUUCGAAGCCACUAAGUGAGGUUUGAACACUAUUCAGUGAUGUCUUUCCUAGAAUGGCCCAGUAUCUGCCGACGCGUAUUCAGGCAUUUUAGUGUGCCGACUAGUCAUCUAAAAGCCAAACUCAAAGACGAUUCCAUCUAGCCGUUCACAGAGGCCAGAUAUCUUCGGGAUAUCUAGACCAGAAGCCUAAUCUGUCUUUUUGCUAAUACCAAUGAACCCCACCGCGCAGUAAAAUCUUCUGCAGUUUCAGUGCUUCGAGGUUCGGUCACAUCUUUGGGGUUUUCAACUUUUUACUCUGUCCGUGUGAAUGUUUGCGAUUCUCCUAUUUGUGCAGGUCUCCAUUGAUGGAAUGUCGCGAUAUGUCUCACCUGUCAACCCGGCAAUGUAUUCCACCCUCACUCUCCUGCUAGUCAGCAUAGGAGUCUUCUUCACGGCCUGGUUCUUCGUCUACGAAAUCACGGCAACGAAAUACGUCCGUGAAUUUCUCAAAGAGCUACUGAUAGCUAUAAUGGCUUCAAUAUUCAUGGGGACUGGAGUUCUUUUCCUGCUGCUCUGGGUCGGGAUAUAUGUCUGA